GGAAAAAAACAACUAAACGAAACUGAAACAGGUAGAGAUCAAAAUUCAGACAAAAAGCCAAGAUAUACAAAUACAUAUAGAAAAUUGAACAAGUAUAAUUGUGAAAACAAAGAGAACAAACCCAGUUCAAGUACUAGCUUUAGAUUUAUAGUACAACCACAAAAAAGACUUUCUGUUAUGAAUAUGAAUAAGAAAGCAGAAAGUAGCAAUACUUAUAAUACAGGCAAAGCAAAAUUAGCCAAACGCAAAAUUCCAGAAUUGCAAGAAUUUGAUACCAACACUCAUGAGGCUUUGGUGGAGAUCCUUAAAAAGCUUUCAAAAAUUGAAAAAGAUUAUGAAUCAAUUCUCUUAUCGGGGGCAUUAGCUCUUAACUGUUCCUGA